UGCCCCGCAGCUCCGCCCCGGCCGUGUUGGUGGGGGCGGGGCGCGCACCGGGAGCCUCGCCGCGAUGUGGCCGCUGCGGGUGGGCACGGCCCUGCAGCGAUGCAUCCCCCGGGGUGCCUGCCGCUGGAGGGGGCAGCACGGAGCAGCAAUGGCAGCCCCUGGCCAUGCCCCCCCCCCCAGCUGGACGGGACAGGAGAGCCUUGCAGACAGCGAUCCCGAAGUUUGGGGUUUGGUGCAGAAGGAAAAGGACCGGCAGUGCAGGGGGUUGGAGCUCAUUGCAUCCGAGAAUUUCUGCAGCCGUGCAGCGCUGGAAGCGUUGGGCUCCUGCCUUAAUAAUAAGUACUCAGAGGGGUACCCAGGAAAGAGGUACUACGGGGGGGCCGAGGUGGUGGACCAGCUGGAACUGCUGUGCGAGCAGCGGGCGCUGGAGGCCUUCGACCUGGACCCACAGCUGUGGGGGGUGAACGUGCAGCCCUACUCUGGCUCCCCGGCCAACUUCGCUGCUUACACCGCUGUGCUGCGACCCCACGACCGCCUGAUGGGGCUGGAUCUGCCCGACGGGGGCCACCUCACACAUGGAUAUAUGACUGAUGCUAAGAGGAUCUCAGCCACGUCCAUCUUUUUUGAGUCCAUGCCCUAUAAGCUUGAUCCUGCCACAGGUCUCAUAGAUUACGCUCAGCUGGAGGUGACAGCUCGUCUCUUCCGUCCCCGCAUCAUCAUUGCCGGCACCAGCGCCUACGCGAGGCUCAUCGACUACGGGCGUAUGAAGAAGCUGUGUGAGGAGCUGCGUGCCUUCCUGCUGGCUGACAUGGCGCACAUCAGCGGUUUGGUGGCUGCCAAAGCCGUCCCGUCGCCCUUUGAGCAUGCAGACCUGGUGACCAGCACCACGCAUAAGACGUUGCGCGGGGCCAGGUCUGGCCUCAUCUUCUACCGCAAGGGCGUGCGCUGGGUGGAACAGAAGACGGGCCGGCAGACGCUGUACGACCUGGAGGACAAAAUCAACUUCGCAGUCUUCCCCUCGCUGCAGGGUGGGCCCCACAAUCACGCCAUCGCCGCCGUGGCCGUGGCACUCAAACAGGCCAAGUCGCCCCAGUUCCGGCAGUACUGCCUGCAGGUGCUGCGCAAUGCCAAGGCCAUGGCCAGGGCUCUGCUGCAGCGUGGAUACACGUUGGUGUCAGGGGGCACCGACAACCACCUGGUCUUGGUGGACCUGCGGCCCAAAGGCAUCGAUGGAGCCCGGGCUGAGCGCGUCCUGGAGCUCGUCUCCAUCACAGCCAACAAGAACACCUGCCCAGGGGACCGGAGCGCCCUCACCCCUGGGGGGCUGCGCCUGGGGACCCCUGCUCUGACAUCGCGUGGCUUCGGGGAGGAGGAUUUCCAUAAAGUGGUGGAGUUCAUUGAUGAGGGCAUCGCGGUGGCCUUGGAUGUGAAGAGCAAAACCAGUAAGCUUGCAGACUUCCAGGCCUUUCUGCUGCGGGAUGCGGAGACGCAGCAGCGCUUGGCGGAGCUUCGCCAACGCGUGGAGAGCUUCGCCCGCGCCUUCCCCAUGCCCGGCUUCAGCGACCACUGAACGGGACCCCCCCACGCUGGGGGAGUGAUGGGGGGUGUCAUCCACCCCCCCCAACCCCUGCUGCUGCACUUCAGCCCCUUGAUUUGGGGUUCCCUUCCCCUGUUUAGAGUUAAGGUGUAGGGACCAAUUGCUAUGGGGUGGACAGCUCCCACCCACCCCUCCUCCUUUCCCCCUCCCCUCUUUUCUAUGGGGGGUUUGCUAAUAAAAGUGGGGGGCAGA